AUGCGGAUCCAACUCGUUAUUUCGACGCUCGCGUGGGCCUCGUUGAAUGACCCCGACUUCCUCCCUCUCGGCCUCGGUGGGCGGCUAGGUGGCCUCGGAGUCCACGCCGCCCCAGCCAGAGCUCCUACCACCUCUUUAGCUUCUACGCCCCAAACCUCAGAAGCCGCUCGAGCCCUUCAAUUCGGUCAAGUGUUGCAAGGUGUUGUUCCGACCUCACUCUUGGCAACGGGGGAUGGGAUGACAUACGGGAACGUUUCGGUCCAGACCGCAGGAGACACGGCGGCGAGUGUCUUGCGGGUCCUGACCCGGGAUGGGUGUCCGGCCGAAGUCAACAUUACCGUGAGUCCAAUGAGACCCAUGGCUUCAUCUGCGAAGCGGUGGAAAGGGUAUCACAUUUACCCCUCCCGUUGUUUGAGACAGGAUUGCUACUUCCUACGCCUCGACGGAGCCGGCAACCUUCAAACCGCUUCUGCCUCAUCGAGAAGGAGAAGAAGGUCCAAUCUCGACGGGACCAAUUUCGCGAUCGAACAAGACCCCAAUGUCGACUUUGAUGCCGAGGAAGAAUUCUUCGUCGGAAUGGCAUUGAGACAGCCGAACAUUCGAGUCGCUUGCUCCGAGGUGGAUGGGGGGGUCGACUCCGCUCGCUAG